UAUAAUCAUUUGUUUCAGGUGGAAGAGGCUAUUGAUGUGUCAGAAACACCGUCUUCAUCGUACUGGUCUCAAUUCAGGCGAUACGAGUACAGAAAACACAACUUCACCAUGGCCAUAUUCUGGUCCCCUUACCUGGUGCGGACCACCCAACUACAGGAACCACCCUUCAACCUCUUCCUUGACGAGCCUGACCCCAACUGGACACAGCAGAUUUCCGGCUUCGACUAUGUUAUCAUCUCCGCCGGCCACUGGUUCUCCCGCCCCAGCAUCUUCUACAUACAAAACCAACUAGCCGGCUGCCUCUACUGCCCCCAAUCCAAUAUCACCCACCACACCACCAGCUUCAGUUACCGUCAUGCAUUUCGUACAGCUUUUCGGGCCAUUGUCCAGCAGACAAAUUUUACUGGAAUCACCUUUCUCAGGAGCUUUGCGCCAUCACAUUUUGAAAACGGGUAUUGGGACCAGGGUGGUGAUUGUGUGAGGCAGAGGCCCUACAGGCCUCAGGAGACUCAGUCGGACGACUACACUAUGGAGCUUUAUCAGAUCCAGUUAGAGCAGCUGAAGAUAGCACAACGGGAGGGUAGGGGGAGAGCCUUGAAAUUCAGGAUGAUGGAUGUGACCCGGGCCAUGUUGAUGAGACCUGACGGCCAUCCGAGCAAAUACGGCCACUUGCCAAACGCAAAUGUCGUCUUGUACAAUGACUGCGUCCAUUGGUGCUUGCCUGGUCCUGUUGAUUCUUGGAAUGACUUUUUGAUCCAACUAUUGAGAAGAGAAAAGGCUAGCUAGAGAUAUCAAUCCAUUUCAUAAUAGACUUCAUCAAAUUAGCUAGUGCAAUUCUUUCCUUUUCUCUCAUGGUAUACACACACAUAUCUAGCUAGUUACUUGAAAGGUAUACAAACACACACACAGUUGUAUUUGUCAAUUGAACUUGCAGUUGCCUGCUCCUAAAUUUAUUUCCAUAUUGAUCCAACAGUUGUCAAUC